AUGCGUAUUACCUUACAGACCAUAUCAAAUGCUCCAACUGUUAUCAGUCCAGAGGGAGAAUCUGUGCUUCAACUUCGUGGGUUGAAAAUUCCUUAUAUCGAGAAUUUAGGAAUAACAAGAGAUAUGUAUGCUAUAAUAGACCUUAUAGACAAUCAAAUUACCGAGCUUAAAAAUCUUCCAAGAUUGAAAAACCUUCGUUGUUUGCUCUUGGCUAAGAAUAGUAUUGUUUCAAUAGAUUCCAACUUUGCAGAGAGUGUACCAAGGUUGGAAUCUCUUACUCUUAAUGAAAACAAUAUUACCAAAUUCAGUGCAUUAAAGGGUUUAAACGGGUGUAAUAAUUUAAGAGAAUUAACAUUGAUGGGUAAUAAAGUUACAAGCUUACCAAACUACAGAAAUUUUAUUUCUUGGCUUGUACCAACAUUAAAGGUUCUUGAUUUUCAAAAAAUUAAAGAUCAAGAAAGAAAAAGAGGUUUAGAAUUAUAUGGAAUAAAUAACGGAGAUAAUUCAAAGGUUGAAAUGUUUCAAGAAUCUAAUGAGGGAAAUACAACUGUUCCAGGUAAUGUAUACGAAGAACAAAAGGAUGUAGAAGAUGAAAAUGAAAAUGAUGAAGAAACUGAAGUUGGAAACGGAGUUAAGAAUUUGACCAAAGAAGAACGAGAUAUCCUUGUGAAGAAAUUAGAAUCAGCUGAAACUAUGGAGGAAAUCGAGAAAAUUGAAGCAUUAUUAAGGGAUGAUUGA